AUGUCGGCUUCACCUUCCAAUCUGCAAUCGACCAAGCGCCCUCUCGAGGACCCUUCCUCCCCGUCGGCUCCCAAUGACCAACCCGAGGCCAAGCGACCCGCCCUAGACAAAGUAGUGCGCAGUGACGCCGAUGCCGAGGCCGAGACGGACGUUACGAGCACACAGAUCCCGACUGUUGAGGAGUCCAAGGAUACCCAAGGUGACACAGUCGUCCCCGAUGCGCCCAAUGGCAAGGAUCACUCCGAAACCCAGCCUAUUCAGUCGACUGCAUCCCACGGUGAACGGGCUGGCUCCCAGUCUGACCAGCACACGCCACAGGACGAGUCGGGCUGGAUCCACAUCCGCGCGGUUAUCUCUAGCCAGGAGGCAGCCACAGUGAUUGGAAAGGGAGGUGAGAACGUUUCCCAGAUUCGCCGUCUGUCCGGGGCCAAGUGCACUGUCAGCGAUUAUUCUCGGGGUGCCGUUGAGCGGAUCUUGACUGUUAGCGGCCUCCAGGACGCGGUGGCCAAGGCAUUUGGCCUGAUCAUUCGGACUCUGAACAAUGAACCCCUCGAAGCCCCUUCCACUGCCCAGUCCAAGACGUACCCGCUGCGCUUGCUAAUUCCGCACAUUCUCAUUGGCUCUAUUAUUGGCAAAGGUGGUAGCCGUAUCCGCGAGAUCCAGGAGGCAUCUGGUGCUCGACUGAACGCUUCGGAUGCUUGCUUGCCGUUGUCGACCGAGCGCUCCUUAGUUAUCCUGGGUGUUGCCGACGCCGUGCACAUUGCGACCUACUAUGUUGCCGUCACACUCGUGGAGCAACUCACCGAGCGAUUCAACGGCCCUGCUGCUUCAGCAUACGCUACCCGCAGCGGCGGUCCCGCUGGCGCUGUUCCGGGUGGCAUUCAGGUUGCCCCCUAUGUUCCACAGCCCGCCGGCGGCCAGUACGGCCACCCUGACACGUUCAAGCGCCACAACCCCCACCCCAACCGUCCCCAGGCAGGUGCCUACGGUGUUCCUUAUCUCCAACACGGCCAGGGUACCCCUGCCCCUGUUGGUCAACCUGCCAUGCCUUAUGGUGCUGCGCCUGCUCCUUACGCUAGUGGUCCCCCCGUUCAGCCAACCCCCUACGUGGGCGGCCCGCAGCCGACUCCUGGUCGCGGAGGCCCACCUGCACCAGCUCCGGUGGGCGGUGCCAUGCCCGGUCAGCCACUGACACAGCAGAUCUUCAUUCCCAACGAUAUGGUUGGUGCUAUAAUUGGAAAGGGUGGAGCUAAGAUUAACGAAAUACGCCAUCUCAGCGGCAGUGUGAUCAAGAUCAACGAGCCGCAAGAGAGCAGCAACGAGCGACUGGUGACCAUUACUGGUACCCAAGAGUGCAACCAAAUGGCUCUGUAUAUGCUCUAUUCCCGACUUGAAAGCGAGAAGCACCGUGUCUAA